AUGACAAAAUCAAUUGCAACCUGCCCCCUCUUCCUUUUCCUGUUCCUCUGUCUCCUCUUCUUGCUUCCAUUUCAGGCCUCACCAUCACCGACCACAGAGGCGCAAGCUCUUGUCAAAUGGAAGAACUCCCUCUCGCCCCCUCCACCUCUACCUUCCCUGAGCUCAUGGUCCCUCACCAACAUCCCCCAUCUCUGCAACUGGACUGGCAUUGCCUGCAACGGUGGCGGGUUGGUCACAGAUAUCAGCCUCUCUGGCUCAAGCCUCAACGGCACGCUCGAUGCGCUCGACUUCGCUUCGUUCCCGAACCUGACCCGCUUUGACGUCAGCAACAACAAUCUCGAGGGCCCAAUACCGUCCUCGAUCGGCAAUCUAUCCCAGCUCAGAUUCUUGGAGCUGGCGCUUGAAAAGCUUGAUUUGAGACUAAACGAGUUGACCUCUUCGAUCCCUUCGGAGCUCGGGCUCUGUUCUAACCUCACCUACUUAGCCCUUGCCGAGAAUUCGAUCUCUGGGGAGCUGCCUCUCUCACUGUCCAAUCUAGUCAGAUUGUCAUUAUUUAGAGCUUCGCAUAAUCGCCUGUCGGGUGAGUUACUGCCUGACUUCUUCACAAAUUGGACCGAACUUGUUUCUCUGAAGCUCCAGAGAAAUUUCAUCUCCAGGCAAAUUCCGCCCGAAAUUGGAAGUCUGACCAAGCUCAAUCACCUCUCCAUGUACAAUAAUUCGCUCUCGGGGACUAUUCCUCCGGAGGUCGGGAAUCUCACGUUGGUGACGUCUCUCUAUUUUGGCAUGAACCAGCUUUAUGGAAAGAUUCCCGAGACCAUCUCUCGCCUUCCUAACUUACGGAAGAUCUCUUUGUGCUCGAACAAUUUCUCGGGAGAAAUACCACGUGAUUUAGGCAAGUACAGCCCUUCUCUGAAAUCUGUUUGCUUUGCGAACAACGGCUUCACCGGGGAGCUGCCGCCAGAUUUAUGCAGUGGCUUUGCUCCUCGAUAUCUCAUGAUCCAAGGGAACAACUUCACUGGGCCGCUGCCUGACUGUUUGAAGAAUUGUUCACUGCUAAUGAGAGUCCGUCUGGACAGCAACCAGUUCACUGCAGAUGUCACGAGUGCAUUUGGAGUUUAUCCGAAUCUGGUUUUUAUAAGCCUCAGCAACAACCGAUUUGUCGGGAAUCUCACCACACAAUGGGGAGAGUGUACAAAUCUCAAGACUUUGCAGAUAAAUGGGAACAAAAUUACCGGCCGCAUCCCACCGGAGCUUGGGAAGUUGUCUCAGUUGCGUGCCGUGACUUUUUACAGCAAUGACUUGACCGGGAAAAUUCCCGACGAGAUGGGAAAUCUAGGGGAGUUGUUGAGCCUGAACUUGAGCAACAAUCAUUUGGCUGGAGAUAUUCCCAUCUCAUUAGGAAACUUAUCGAAGCUAAAUUAUCUUGAUUUGUCGAAGAACGCAAUAAGCGGUAGCAUACCGGAUGAGCUAGCGAAUUGCAAGAAUUUACUGAGCUUGAACUUGAGCAACAACAAUCUGUUGGGCAUCAUACCGCCGGAGCUCGGGAACUUGUUCGCACUACAAAUUCUCCUAGAUCUGAGCCACAAUUCACUAGCAGGAUCAAUUCUGUCCAAUUUGGCAAAGCUUACUAAGCUGGAAAAUCUCAAUCUUUCGCAUAACAACUUCUCGGGUACAAUUCCUGCAGCUCUCAACAGCAUGAGCAGUUUAGGCUCUAUAGACUUAUCAUACAACAAACUAAUAGGUGCAGUUCCUAGUGGUCGCCUCUUCCAACAAGCACCGGGAAGUGCUUUUAUCGGGAAUCCGGGCUUGUGUGGAUACGUGACCAGAUUAUCUCCUUGUGGGACAAGCAGUAAAUCGACUGACCAAAGAAAAAAGGUUUUGGUUGGUGUGAGUGUUGGCAUCUGCUGCUUACUACUUUUGGCGAUUCUAAUUGCCGUGAUUCUGCUACGUCAGUGGCGAAAAAAUCUUCUUGACAAAGAGGAAGAGAUCAAGCGUCUUAAAAAGCACGAGAAAUCUGAGCAGAUCAUAUGGGAAAGGUUACGGAAGUUCACAUUCAGCGACAUCGCCAAGGCCACCAAUGAUUUCAGCGAAGAAUAUUGCAUCGGAAAAGGUGGGUUCGGGAGCGUUUAUAAGGCCAUAUUGGCCAGCGGCCAAAUCGUCGCUGUUAAAAAGCUCAACGCACUAGAAUCCAGCAAUGUCCCAACAGUCAACCGCCAGAGUUUCGAGAACGAAAUCCGCGUGUUGACCGAGGUUCGACACCACAAUGUGAUCAAGCUCCACGGGUUCUGUUCCACGAGGGGUUUCAUGUACUUGGUCUAUGGGUUUGUUGAGAGAGGUAGUUUGGCAAAUGUCUUGUAUGGAGGAACGGGAGCCGUUGAACUGGACUGGGGUACAAGGGUGAACAUUGUUCAAGGCGUGGCUCACGCAAUUGCUUACUUGCAUCACAAUUGCUCACCGCCUAUCGUCCAUUGGGACAUAACAUUGAAAAACAUUUUGCUUGAGUCAGACCUCGAGCCUCAACUCUCAGAUUUUGGGACGGCAAGACUCUUGAAUUCAGACUCAUCGAAUUGGGCCACAGUGGCCGGAUCUCAUGGCUACAUGGCUCCAGGUCCCCGUGGACGGAGCGCGUUCGCCCUGGUUGGCCUUGUGGAGUUGCAGAGGUGA